CCGCUUUACCUGACGAUCGUCGAGUGCCAGCUGGGACCCGGUGUUUUACAUCCCGGGGCUAGGGACAGCCAGGCUGGGGAGGAAAGAGCUAGAUGAUGCUGGCUGUCCUUCAGACAGGAAGGGAGGAGCCGGUACGCCUGUGCAAGACUGGAGGGGAGGAGCCGGUACGCCUGUGCAAGACUGGAGGGGAGGAGCCGGUACGCCUGGGCAAGACUGGAGGGGAGGAGCCGGUACGCCUGGGCAAGACUGGAGGGGAGGAGCCGGUACGCCUGGGCAAGACUGGAGGGGAGGAGCCGGUACGCCUGGGCAAGACUGGAGGGGAGGAGCCGGUACGCCUGGGCAAGACUGGAGGGGAGGAGCCGGUACGCCUGGGCAAGACUGGAGGGGAGGAGCCGGUACGCCUGGGCAAGACUGAAGGGGAGGAGCCGGUACACCUGUGCAAGACUGAAGGGGGGAGCCGGUACGCCCUGUGCCAGACUGAAGGGGAAGCU